AAAGGAAUCAUCAUCGACGAAGGGAAGUGCAUGCUCGGGACCGAGAAAGAAAGUGCAAUGAGUGAAAGACGUCCAGUAGAAGAAUGGUGAAGGGGAAGGGCCAUGACAAGGCUCUGGCCGUCAAGGGCAAGGGAACUGUAGUUGCUUACAAGGAGCAGGCCGAGGGAUGGGCUGCCUACUACCUGGACAGUUGCAAGGUGCCCUUGGAAAAGCGGCAGAAGCAGUUUCAGGAGAAGUACAGCCAGUUCAAGGAGGGGAACGCUGGGAUUGUGGAAUGCAGAGAUUGGCUGUACUUUGCCAAAUUCGCAUUCCUGGUUGGACUGGACUCGCUGUGCCUGCCGAAAUGCCCCUCACGCAGUGAUCUACAUGAUGGCACCUUCCCUGUGGAGGACUGCUUCGAGUGCGCGAUGCAGGCGGCACACAGGGGUGCCAAGGACGGCUCCAUUCAGAGCGCAGUUCUCUUCUCCCACUUUGCAGACGAGUUUGGGCUCAGGGGAGGCAUCCUCUUCAUCCAGCACCUCACCAAGGGAGUGGACAUUGAUUCUUGGAGGGACCCCAAGGCCGAUUGGCUCAAGGGCGACCCACACAGGAUGCCCUUUGAGCUGGCCACAGAUCCCACGGUGGUGGGGGUGACGAAGGAGGAGCGUGUGGAGAUCAAGCUGCGAGAGAUCAAGGGGCUGCUGGUGGCCAUGAUGCAGUGCGGCCGCCUGAAGGUGCCCGAGGAGCAGCGGCAGUACCAGGCCGUCAACGGCGACCUGUCCAAGGCAAGGCCUUGCAAUUGGACAAAUGUGCUGCUGGAUGCGCGGCAUGUGCUGUUCAGCCUGGCGACCAAGGCCAGCCGGCUGUCGCCCGCGUCGGCGCGCGAGAUGCUGGUGCGCGCGCGCGACAAGGUGCUGCUCGAACGCGCGGCCGAGAUCGCGCUCGACUUCUGGCGCGGCGCGCGGCCGGCCGCCGACACCGAAACCUCCGACGACAAGUUCAACGCCGCCAAGCUGCGCUCUGCGAUGGAAAAGACUGGCACGAAGAAGGGCAAGGCCGUCAAGCAGCUACCUGCGAUGAAGGACAUGAAGGACAAGCUGCUCACAAACCAGAGGGAGGCGGCCAGAAAGUACCUGAUGGAUGUUGUACCAGAAGCAUGCACCAGGAGAGCUGCAGUGCCAAGCCCUGAGGAGGUGUCCUUUGUCCGGGACCUGGUCAAUGGUAGAGCAAAGCUGCAGAAGGAGGACAUCAGGAAGGCUCUCGCUGAGGGCAAGCCAUCCGAGGAGGAGCGUAAGACUGUGGAGCUGUGGCUGGAGAAGACUGCAGCGGACUCUGGUCCCCAGGAAUGCCAGCACUGGGAGGACAAGACUCUGCUCUCCCGCCCUGAGAUGCUCUCCCAUGUGCACACCACAGCCCUGGCCCGGCUCAAAAAGCAGAUGCCAGAGGAGCAUGGAAGUGAGGACGGGCAAGAUGCACCCAGCAGCGUAUUGCAUGAGCUGGAGCAGCUGGUGCAUGGGAAGCCCUUCGAGGACAUGCAUGUGCCGAACGUGUCGGCAGACAUGACCUUUGAGGACUUCAUGAGCAUGCCCAACAGCGUUGAGAGCCCCGACAGCCUCGCCUGCCUCCUGCCCCAGGCUGUGCACGAUGUUGUGUCAGAGCUGGCCAACAAAUUGCUGAGGGACCAGGCGCUUGAUCUUCUGGUUGCGCUGGAAGACGAUCUGGGUGCUGACUCUGCCCUGCAGACUCACCGGGAGGCCCUGGGGGACUCCUGCAACACCCUUGAUGGGCUGGUGGAGGUGGAGGCAGUGGGCGAGAAGGAUGCCAACCUGCGCUACUACAACCUGGACGAGCCGCUAAAGGAGACCCAAUGGGUGGCCGGCGUUGUCAGCCAGGCCUUUGGCCGCAAGCUGUGCGUGCGGGCGGGCGACGAGAAGGCGCUGGCGAUCCGGGGGCAGCUGCUGCUGGAGAUCCACUACAUGCAGAUGCGCCGCGCCGUCGCGCAGGCCCGCGGCGAGUUCGAGUACGACCGCGCCCUCGCCAAGCGCGCAUUCCUCAUCCACCGCCGUCUGGAGAGCGAGUCUGACGAGGACCUGCGCCGCAACCUGGCCGGGGAUGGGCCGCCGCUGCCGCUGCACUGCGUGAGCCGCAUCCAGCGCCCGUACCGCGAUGACGAAUGGCUGGAUGAGGAGGAGUCUGCCGCCAGUGGGGACGACAGGCGGUGGUCAGAGCAGAAGCCGGACAUAGAGCCGCCGAGCAGCACAGGGCGAUCGGACGGCGUCCACCCGGCAACAGUGGCAGCAGCGACGGCCGCGGCUGCGGCGGCGGCGGUAGCGGCGGGGAUCGGGGAUCCCAGCGCCCGGCCGGCGGCAAGCAGCGCAGUGAACAGCUUCAUGGCGGAUCUGUACAAGAAGCGGGGGGAGCAUGCACGCCCCUCAGAUGCGCUGAGGGCGGUGGAGCAGCAGCUGGCCAACCUGUAUGCGGAGGAGGUACGGGAGAGGGGCCGCAACAGCUUCCUGGCGCGCACGCUCGAGGAUGUGCGCGACACCCUCGCCGCCAUCGAGAAAGGAGGGGACGGCGGCGAGCUGACGAUGGACAGCCAGGAGAGCAUCCGCGUGGCGGGGAAGCUGAUUGAGAACCUGGAGGCGCAGACGCAGCACAAUCGCAAUCUUGUGGCGGCCGCCGCCGUAGCCGCGCACCGGGACAACCUCAACCAGCUCGCAGCGAUGGAAUCAGGGCGCACCGCCACCGGAGGCCCCACCGCCGGCAGCGAGGCCCCCUUGCAGGGAAUGACGGGGGGCCUGCCACCUCAGCGCCCCAAGGGCCCUCCGCGAGCAGCACCGCGCGCAAACGGCGGCGGCCCGGAGGCAGCCAGCGGUUCGGCAAACAUGGACGACAUCGACUAUGAGUGCGAGACUGAUGUGGAAGCUUACCUCACCUCCACGGACGAUGAGUCAGUGGCCAGCCUGAUCAGCGAAGAAGAUGACGCGAGCUGGAAGCAGAGGUAUCUGAACCUCGCCCGCGACGCUGCAGACCUGCUGAUAGAGAGCGGGUUCAUGUCAGACGCCCUGCUGCGCGCCAUUGCCAUCUACAUCAUCGCCUGCCUCAAAACUCAGGCAAGCGCUUGCUCUCAAGCGCACCUUCUUAUUUGCCUGUCAUUGCCACAAGGAAUUACUUGUGGGGAGCACACGACGCUGUUCCACGUGACGUGGCGCCACAUGGCGCUGCUGAGUCAGGACCAGCUGUACGAGCUGGCCAACAAGCUGUGUGUGCGCCUGGGCAACCUGCAGAAAGUGCUACCCUGCUACCGCUCUGCCCACCACGACUACACUGUUAUGGAGGCGUGCGUGAGCAGGGAGGGAAAUGAGGUGCUGCUGGUGACGGCAUCAGAGGCAGAGGAUGUGAUGAACGAGGAUGACAAAUUCGACGCCUUCCGCACUGUGCACGACAUCCACAUCUUCAAGCAGCCCAGGGUGAACAAGCCGCCCAAGACGAUGAAGGAGACGGACAGGUGGGUCAAGGACUUCCUAGACGACACCUACCGGGAGGACGGCGCGGCCGCCUCUCGUUUUGCCAACACAAAGCGCGUCCGGGAGCUCGUCACGCGCUCUGAGCGGCUGCUGCACAAGGCGACUGACACGAUCGAGGAGCGGCGCGAGUGCAUGUCAUGCCUGGAGGAGGCCGUGCAUGUGUACAGGGACAUCGUCCUGGUGGAGAGUCAGAUGCGGCAGCAGAGGCAGGCCCUGAGGGACCUGAAGGUGUUUGGGGACUACCUGGAAUCCUGGCAGCAGGCGCAUGAAAGGACUGAGAAGGCAGCUCAUGGGUACACAGGUGUCCAGGCGACGCUGCUGAAGGCCAGGAUCAAGCAGGAGCGGGAGCUGCUGAGGAGCUGCGAGGCCGGCAGCAAGCGCGCCAGAGUCAACGCGCUCCCCGCAGACAUUGAGACGAGCUGCAAGGCAUGGGCGGAGAAGCUGGUGGGCAUCAGCGACGACUCAUCGCUGACGGCGGCGGACAAGGCCAAGAUUAAGGAGGAGUACGGGCUGUGGGAGCAAAAGACAGGCAUCAACGCCAAGGAGGGCGGUGUCGGCAUCCUGGGCAUCCGCACUCGCCAGCUCAUGCACGAGCGCCGCCUCGAGCUGCUGGAAGCCCUGCGCGACAAGCCAUCCACGCACUUCUUCAGGGAGAGGAUCAAGGCCAUUGCUGGCGCCGCAUGCAUCGACAUCAACACAGAGGUGGAGGAGGCGUUCCUGGGGCUGCUGGUGCAGUGCCAGGACAUAGUGAAGCAGGACAUCCGCCACGUCAUGCAGUGGCUGCAGCGCAUGGAUGUGCGCAUGGAGGCUUGCCGCACAGAGUACCACCAGACGCUGCAGGCGGCUGUAGAGGAGUCUCUGGUGGAUGCGACUGAGCUGAUGGAGAAGCAUGCCUGGGAGGCACUGCGCCAGACCGUCGCCGUCAAAGCCCGCAACCACGCCGAGGCCAAGAAGCGCGCGAUAGAGCGGCAGGAGCAGCUGCGCAAGGAGGAGGCGGCGCGCGAGGCCCAGGAGCGGCUGCUGCGGGAGGAGCGCGACCGCGAGGCCGCCCGCGCCGAGAAGCUGCGCCGGAAGCUGGCACGCCAACAGGAGCUCGCUGCACAGCAGGCUGCCAAGCAAAAGCAGCAGGCAGAGCAGCUGGCGAAGCAGUGCCAGAGGGAGGCCGAGGCGGCCGAGAAGCUGCGGCUCCAGCAGGAGCGCGAAGCGGAGCAGCGCAGGAAGGAGGAGCAGCAGCGGAGGGAACAGCAGGAGCGCGACGCGCAGAAGCAGCAGCAGCAGCAGCAGGCGCUCGCGAAGGCCAAGAAGCAGAAGCAGCAGCAGCAGCGGCCGGCGGUCGAAGCUGCCUCCGAGGCGCCAAGGGUGAGGAAGUCUGCUUCCAAGCAGCAGCAGGACGGCAAGGGUGAGCCAAUAGCAGCCUCUGACAAAGAGCCGGAUUCGGAUGAUGAGGCGGCAAUCCUGCAGAGGCUGCUGGCGAUGACAGCAAAGUCUGCAGAGCAGGACAGCGGGACUGAUGCAAAGCGCGCAGCUGCCAGCAACGCUGCAUCUAUGUCCUCUGCCAGCAGCCAGACAGGCAUAGAGCAGUCUCCGCGCAAGCAGAGUCUAAAAGCACUGGAGGUGCCGGCCCGCGAUGCUGCGUCUGGCGGCUGGGGAGAUGAGGAGUCAGAUAACAGCACGCCAGACGUCCGAUCGUGGUUCACCAAAACUUCGAGCAGGGGGGAAGCAGACAGAGGCAGCAAUUCAGACAGGAUACCCAACAGCAGUCUGCCGAAGGACCCUGGCAAAAAGGUGGCUGCAAAGGAGAGGGGGCCUAAGUGCCAGUGCUGUAAGCAGUACCACAAGCUGAUAAACUGCCCCAAGCUGACGCACCUGAAGGUGGAGACGCGCAAGAAGCUGACGCGCAUGUACGAGGAGGGGCACACGGUGGACGCCGACAACUUCAUGCGCAAGCUCGGCUGCCUGCACUGCGGCGCGCUCAGCCACUUCCUGGUCGCGUGCCCUGAGCUGCAGUUCACCAGCAAGGACCAGCGCUGGGAGCUGUCCGACCUCUACCAGGGCGGCAACCCCAAGCAGGCCCAGAAGCUCGUGCGCGAAUGGCGCGAAGCCACGCAGCCGGCCCCCACAGCCCCCGCAAAGCCGGCAACUGGCAAAGCGCCGGCUGCACCGGGCCCCGCAGUGAAACCGCUUGCGGCGGCGGCUGUGGCAGCCGAUGCCAAAGCAGUACCGCGGCCGCCGCCGCCGGCCGUGGCUGCGCGAGCGGCUGGCCCGGCUCCGGCCGUCGCCGCGCCGCAGCGGCCUGCAGCGCAGAUAGGAGCGCAGCAGCCGCGGCCACAGGCCCAGCCGGCCAAGCAGCCGCCACAGCCGCCCGCGGAGGACGCGCGCAGCACGGCGCCGUCCGAGGGCAGCAGCGCAGUGGCGUCCAGGAGCGGCAGCUUCCUGGAUCAGCUAGCGCCCGGCAUCACCCGCCAGGACAGCACCGCUUCAUCAUCUCAGACAGGCAAGCCUCAUCACCUUGUCAUAUUGCCGCAUGCUACAUGGCUGUACGUGCACCUCUCAGACCACACGCGAUAUGUACAAACCCCAGAAAGGAAUUUUCGGAUCACUCCCUUGAGUUUUGCUGCAGGGCUGGCAUUUGGAUCGAGCUUUUUGGCGCCAGAACAGGCCUCCUCCCAGCCCGUGCCAGACCUGCCCAUCUACAGCCUCUUCCCCCGGCCGGCACCCCGGGACAUGAGCCCGCGAGCGCCCGUCCUGAACCCCUUCCCGGGCAUGCAGAACGCGCACAGCCUGUCGCAGGCCCCCGAGCAGCCCAGCAUUUCUCAGCAGCAGCAGCACAUGUCCACUGGAGGCCCAUCCCAGGACCCCCAUGCACAGCAGCGCUCUUCCAUGUUCAUGCAGAGCUCUUCUCAGCCCGGCCCCUCGCAGCCGAUGCAGCCAACUGGCAGCUGGGACUUACUGCAGAACGGCGGACCUAGCGGCAUACCGGCUGCUGCAGCGCUGUCCGUGCUCGGCAGCGCCCCAAGCGGCAGCGCUGCCCCUCUGCCGCUGCCCAGCGCCAGCUUGGGCAUGUUCAAUUCAGGCACUUCACAGCAGUCAGCGGGCUAUGCGCCAUAUGCCAUGUCAGACACCACAAGGUCCGCAGUGUCCCAGCUGAGGCCGAGCGCAUCUGCGUCGGCCUUCGGAGCAGCUGCCCCGCAGGCAACCCCCAGCGGCUUCCCGGCAGCUGCCCCGGCAGCUUCCCAGCAGUCGCUCAGCAGCUCCCGCGACCCCCAGCUGCUGCGGCCGCCAAGCCGAUCCGCGUCCACCUCGGUGAUCGGUGACCGAAUCGUCGCGCCCCCGCCACAGCAGCACGGCAACAGCAGCACCCUCGGCGGCAGCCUCUUCUCAGGCUUCAUGGGCUUUGGGCAGAGGGCGGCCGCCCCCGGGCAGGUGCUGGGCGAGCAGAUCCUGCCGAAGCCCCUGGCGAAGGGGGCCUUUGGCCCGAUCGGGUCCCGGCCGCGCGCGGCAUCCGUUCAGCUGCCCAGUCAGCAGUCCAGUCAGCAGUACGGACUCAUGCAGCCGUCCCAGCCGGACGCGCUGGCCCCCGGCAUGACCUCCAUGUCCAGCUGGGGCAGCGAGCAGAGCAGCCAGCCUGACCUGGCCCUGAAUGGCCGCCAGGGGUCAGGACCCAGUGGUGGCCGGUACUGGCCGCAGGCAAACGGCAAGCAGUCAGGUAUGCAGGAGGCACGCCCCAGCACGCAGAGUUCUGCGGCAGACUCCGACCGCUGCCUCAACGCUGUUGUGCAGGCUCUGGCGCAGUGUGCAGCCUUCCGCGAAGGCCUCCUGCGCCUCGACCAGCGUGCACUGCAGGGCAGCAGCGCGGUGCCGGGUGCGUUGGCGGAGCUGUUCCGGGUUCUGGCGCGCGAUGACAUGCGGCCGGACGGCGGCGGCGGCGGCAUAGCACCCAGCCGCCUGCGCGAAGCCCUGUGUCGCGUCAACCCCCGGCUGGGGGAGAUGAGCGAUGCAGGGGAGGUGUUUGGGGAGAUUCUGAAUGCGGUGGGGGCGGUGAGGGGCGGCGGAGAACUAGUGAACGCAUGCUUUGGGCUGCGCAUCUCAGAGCGCGUCGUCUGCGGCCCAUGCGGCCAGAAGGCCACCCACAUCAGCGAGUACACCGAGCACAUCUUCACCGUGUCGGCCACCGCUGUCAUGCGCCAGCUGCGGGCACUGCGAGCAGGUGGCCGCCCCCAGCGCCUGGGGCAGGUGUUGUUUGCCACGGCUCAGCAAGCCAACAAGACCUGCGACACCGACGAGGGCGGCUGCGGCCAGCUGCGACAAACGCGGCUGGCGCAUGCGCCGCCGCGGUUCUUUGUGCUGCAGCUGGCCUGGCAGCGGCCGCGCGAGUCGCCCCAGGACAUCCGCGACACCCUCGCUGCCAUCCAAGAGGAGGUCGAUCUGUCAGAGCUAUUCAUGGGCCUGCUGCCGGGAGCGGCCGUAUACGGGCUGCGCAGCGCGGUGUGCCACUACGGGCAGCAGCGGCUGUGCGCGUUCGUUCGCCACCCCCGCAAUGGCGCAUGGCUCGCCCUGGAUGACGGGGCCGCCGGGCGGAUUAUGGGAUCGUGGCCCGACGCGCGCGAAAAGUGUGCGGCCGGCGGCAUCCAGCCAGCCGUGCUGCUGUUCGAAGCGCGCUUCCCCGCCAGCUCCCCUGGCGGCCGCUGA